UUAGACCAAAAAAUGGAAAUAUUGAAAAUUAAAAUACAUAAAUUGAAGGCGAGACGAAUCACUGUAACUUAGAAGAGAUAGUCUCGUUUGGGAAUUGGGAUCGACGCGUCUCUCUGUUUCUCGUUCUCUCUCUCUCUACGCGCAGAUUUUCCUCAGGUCGUAGAGGCUCGUGAGCUCUCUGAUUUUGCAAUGGGUAUAUACCUCAGUACUCCAAAAACUGAUAAACUUUCUGAAGAUGGUGGGAAUGAACGAGUUAGAUAUGGGCUAUCUUCCAUGCAAGGGUGGCGUUCAACGAUGGAAGAUGCACAUGCUGCUCUUCCUGAUCUGGAUGCCUCGACAUCAUUCUUUGGUGUUUAUGAUGGCCAUGGAGGAAAGGUAGUUGCCAAGUUCUGUGCGAAAUACCUGCACUCGCAAGUACUUAAGAGUGAGGCCUCUUGUACUGGAGAUUUAGCUGCUUCUGUUCAGAAAGCUUUCUUGAGGAUGGAUGAAAUGAUGAGAGGACAGCGAGGAUGGAGAGAAUUAGCAGUACUCGGAGACAAGAUAAAUAAGUUUACUGGUAUGAUAGAAGGUUUGAUAUGGUCUCCAAGGGGUGGCGACUCAAAUGACCAUGAGGAUAACUGGCCUUUUGAAGAGGGCCCUCACUCAGAUUUCAGUGGACCAACGUCUGGAAGCACUGCGUGUGUAGCUAUAAUGAGAAAUAACCAACUUAUUGUUGCUAAUGCUGGCGAUUCUCGCUGUGUUAUUUCUAGGAAGGGUCAGGCAUACAAUUUAUCAAGGGAUCACAAGCCUGAGCUCGAGGUUGAGAGAGAGAGGAUUUUAAAAGCAGGAGGGUUUAUUCAUGCAGGACGAGUAAAUGGAAGUUUAAACCUUGCAAGAGCAAUUGGUGAUAUGGAGUUUAAGCAAAACAAGUUUUUACCUCCAGAAAAGCAAAUUGUAACGGCCUAUCCGGAUAUAAAUGUUGUGGAGCUUUGCGAUGAUGAUGAAUUUAUUGUUUUAGCUUGUGAUGGGAUCUGGGACUGCAUGACAAGUCAACAACUAGUGGAUUUCGUUCAAGAACAUAUAAACACUGAGAGCAGCCUCUCUGCAGUGUGCGAGAAAGUAUUCGACCGUUGUUUGGCUCCAUCAACUGCUGGAGGAGAAGGCUGCGAUAAUAUGACCAUGAUCUUGGUUCAGUUUAAGAAGCCCAUCCAUUCAAAUGCCACAAAUACCGAGCAAUCAUCCCAGCCUGCGCGUGAGAUUGAGAAAAAUUCCAAUGUUUGAUCUGCCAUCAUCAAAGCAGAAUUGUGCUUCUAAGUUUUUAUCAUCUUCAGUUAACUGCAUGAUUUGUAUCAUAUAAACUUUAUUUCCAUCUUCAAAAGUUUUAUUUGACUUGAUUUAGAAACAGCUGAUGUUUCCAUUGAAGAAAGGGACACUUAGGAAAUAAAUGUACAUAUGCUUUUAUCAUGUUUUCAUUCAUCUCUCA